GAGAGUGUAGUGUCCGCGGCUAGGUUUGCAGUGCACGUGGAGUGAGGAGCUGCUUAUCCCGGUGGCCAGUCGGGCCUGGACCCUAUUUCAAUACUAUGGGGCGCAAGUUGGACCCUACGAAGAAGGAGAAGCGCGGGCCAGGCCGUAAGGCCCGGAAACAGAAGGGUGCUGAGACCGAACUCGCCAGAUUCUUGCCUGCAGCGGGUGAUGAAAAUUCUAAGAGGCUUUCUAGUCGUGCUCGAAAAAGGGCAGCGAAGAGAAGGUUGGGCUCUGCUGAAGCCCUUGAGACGCAUAAGUUUCCUGGGGCCAAACCAUUGCCUGGAAAGUUACCCAGAGGAACCUCUGGAGGAGCUGUCCAGACCCCUGGUAAGAAGGGAGCCCAGCCCUUACUUCAUGCUUCUCAAGGCAAGAAGCGUCCAGCACCAUCCCAAAGCAGUGAGGAGGAUGAGGAGGAAGAAGACUACGAAGAGGAUGAUGUGGUGAACCAGGGAGGCCUCUGGGGCUCUGAGGACAGUGAUGCUGAUAUGAUAGAUGACUAUGGUGCGGACUCCAACUCAGAGGAUGAUGAUGAAGGUGAAGAGCUGCUGCCCAUUGAGAGGGCUGCUCUGAAGCAAAAGGCCCAGGAAGCUGUUGCUGGGGGCCAAUGGAGUGAGGAGGAGACUGAGGAGGAGGAGGAAGUGGAGGAAGGGUCCCCUGAGUCAGGCCCCCAAAAGAAUGAUGAGACAGAUGGGGGCCUGCAGAUCAAUGUGGAUGAGGAGGAGCCCUUUGUGCUGCCCCCUGCUGGGGAGCAGGAGCAGGAUGCCCAGGCUCCAGACUUGCAGCGAAUUCACAAGCGCAUCCAAGAUAUAGUGGGAGUGCUGCGUGAUUUUGGGACUAAGCGGGAGGAAGGUCGAUCUCGUUCUGAAUAUCUGCACCGGCUUCAGAAGGACCUGGCCACUUAUUACUCCUAUGGAGACUUCCUGCUUGGCAAGCUCAUGGACCUCUUCCCACUGUCUGAGCUGGUGGAGUUCUUAGAAGCUAAUGAGGUACCUCGGCCCAUCACACUCAGGACCAAUACCUUGAAAACCCGGCGCCGAGACCUUGCUCAGGCGCUAAUUAACCGUGGCGUUAAUCUGGAUCCCCUGGGCAAGUGGUCGAAGACUGGACUGGUGGUGUAUGACUCUUCAGUGCCCAUUGGCGCCACCCCUGAGUACCUGGCUGGGCACUAUAUGCUUCAGGGAGCCUCGAGUAUGUUGCCAGUCAUGGCCUUGGCGCCUCAGGAACACGAGCGGGUCCUGGACAUGUGCUGUGCUCCUGGAGGAAAGACUAGCUAUAUCGCUCAGCUGAUGAAGAACACGGGUGUGAUUCUUGCCAACGAUGCCAAUGCUGAGCGGCUCAAGAGUGUCGUGGGUAAUCUGCACCGGUUGGGAGUCACCAAUACCAUUAUCAGCCACUACGACGGGCGCCAGUUCCCCAAGGUGGUGGGGGGCUUUGACCGAGUCCUUUUGGAUGCGCCCUGCAGUGGUACUGGGGUCAUCUCCAAAGACCCAGCUGUGAAGACUAACAAGGACGAGAAGGACAUCCUGCGCUGUGCUCAUCUUCAGAAGGAGCUGCUCCUGAGUGCUAUUGACUCUGUCAAUGCCACCUCCAAGACAGGUGGCUACCUUGUCUACUGCACCUGUUCCAUCAUGGUGGAAGAGAACGAGUGGGUGGUAGACUAUGCCCUGAAAAAGAGGAAUGUGCGGUUGGUGCCCACCGGUCUGGACUUUGGCCAGGAAGGUUUUAUUCGCUUUCGAGAAAGGCGCUUCCACCCCACUCUGCGCUCUACUCGCCGCUUCUAUCCUCACACCCACAAUAUGGAUGGCUUUUUUAUUGCCAAGUUCAAGAAGUUCUCUAAUUCUAUCCCCCAAUCCCAAACAGGAAAUUCUGCAGCUUCUACCCCUACAAACGUAGACUUGCCUGAGGUGAAAGGUCAGGUGACCCCUAAGCCCGAGGGCAGCAGCCAGCCUGCCAAGAAGGCCAGAGUGGCUGGGAAGGCAAAGCAGCAGUUGCAGAAACGGCAACAUCCCAAGAAGGACUUCUCCCAGAAGUGGGAUAGCAUCUCCAAAGGGACAGAGUCAAGUGUGCCCACUGUAUCUUGUGACACAAAGUCCCAACUUUCUUCUGAGCUCCAGGAUAGCAGUCAGCCAGUUCAAGAAGCUGAAGUGAUCAGGGGACCGAAGGUGCCUAGGAAGCUAAAGCAACAGUCAGCUACGCCAGUGGCCUCCAAGAAAGUUGCCUUCUGGAAGCAGAAUGCUUCUAAGGGCAGGGACACAGAAGCGUCUGUGCUGUCUCUCUCGAAGACCCAGGCCACUCUCAAGCCUGAGGACUGUGAUCAGCCCCUUGGAAACAGCCAAAGGGCUGAGAAGGUAAAGCAGCAGUUGCGAGAACAGCCUCCUAAGAAAGCUGCCUUCCAGAAGCAGAAUGGCUUCCCCAAGGGGCCUGAGAUUUCCACCAUGUCCCCUGUUGGUUCCAGCCGGCCCCCACCAGCAAAGAGGAGAAAAUCUCAGUCCAGAGGCGGCAGCCAUCUGAUGUCUUAGGUUGAAAGUAGACUGGGGUGGCUCGUUGCUGUGAUCACUGGGUUGCAGCUCUUACCUCUGUGAGGUUGGCGUCCCCACCGUGCAUAUGAAAUCUAAUACACGUUUUAUAAUCUCUG